AUGUUGUCCAGAAUUAUCUUAAGAAAUCCUGUUGCCACUAGAUCUUUAAUGACAGUUGCUAGACCAACUGCUUCAACUUUACUACAUUCAAGAAGAACACUAACGCCUUUCUUAAACUCUGGUCUACAAAUUAGAAAAUAUUCUGAACAUGCGGAUGAAGAAACUUUCGAAGAAUUUACUACUAGAUUCGAAAAAGAGUUUGAUGAAGCUUACGAUUUAUUUGAAGUUCAAAGGGUAUUGAACAAUUGUUUUUCUUAUGAUUUAGUUCCAGCUCCAGCUGUGUUAGAAAAGGCUUUAAGAGCUGCUAGAAGAGUAAAUGAUUUACCAACCGCUAUUAGAGUAUUUGAAGCUUUGAAAUAUAAAGUUGAAAACGAAGAUCAAUAUAAAGCCUAUCUAGAAGAAUUAAAUGGUGUUAGAGAAGAAUUAGGUGUACCAUUAAAAGAGGAGCUAUUUCCAAAUGCACCAUCUGGUCCGGGCCUAAAUUAG